AUGCCGAAAAGUAAAGUUAGUUUAUCAGAUUCUCAAAAACGUGAACUCUGUUUAUAUGCUCGCCAAAGCGGUAAAUUAACCAGAAAAGAAUAUGUCGACUGGAUCGAAAAAAAGUGGUCUAUUCGAGUGGAUGAAUCAACUAUAUCAAGAAUUUUAAAAAGAAGCGAAGAAAUACUUGGUAGCGAAAUUACUCAACCAAAUGCUAAGCGACACAAACCUGUAACGGUUCCUGAACUCGAACUCGCUCUCAAAGAAUUUGUCUUAACUUACCAAGAUAAAGCCAUUAUCACGGAAGCUAUUUUAAUUGAAACAGCAAAACAAUUAGCAGAUGGCCUGGGAGUUUCAAAUGGUACAUUAAAGUUCUCCCCUGGUUGGCUCCAAAGCUUCAAAGAGCGUAAUGGAAUACGUCUACAGAAACUUCACGGAGAAUCAUCGUCUGUUGACCCAAGUAAGCCCAUUAUGACCAUUAAAGUAUUUGAGGAGACAGAAGAGGAAACGGGAGAAAGCGAGGGGAGACGAACGACCUUCUUCAAGGAGACAGUUAUUGCAAUUUCCUUUGGGCAAGGUAAAGCACGAAUGAAUGAGACACUGUCUGCCCGGCCGGACAACUGCGUAGAUGAAGAUGUUCAACUAUCAGCAUG